UCUCUUUCUCUCUAUCUCGGCGGUGUGUCGGAGCUGCUGUGUCCCCGAUCUGGCACGUUCCAAGCCAAAUUCUUAACGGUUUUACAAUUGGAUUCCCCUUUUACGAAAUCUCCACAUUUCUAAACCCUGCCGAAAUUAAAGCCAGUGCUCCCUAAUUAGCGCCUAUCCCCCCUCCCCCACACAGUCUCAAAAUUAGAACCCCCAAGAAGAUGGCGGUGGGGUCGGCAGUCGCCCGGCUUGAGGGCCGAGAAUUCGAAUACCUGAUGAAGAAGAGGUCGGCGACCAUCGGACGGAACUCAUCGCAGGGCUCGGUGGACGUCAGCAUGGGCCACUCCAGUUUCAUCUCCCGCCGGCACCUUGAAAUUUUCACCGCGGGUGAAGACGGGACCGGUAGCGGGGAAUUUUACCUCCGAUGCCUCGGCAAAAACGGGGUAUUUGUUGACGGGGUGUUCCAGAGACGAGGGGCUCCACCUCUGCAGCUCCCUCGAAUGUGCUGUCUCCGGUUCCCCAGCACCAACAUCAAGAUCACGUUCACAGCCCUGUCCAGCGAUAAGAAGGAGCGUAGGAACGUGUCGGAGUCACCGGUAAAGCCCGUCCAGCCCCAGAUGGCGCCGCUGACCAUCAACAUUCCAGACAACAUCGCCCACCUCAUAAGCCCCCUGCCCUCACCCACCGGCACCAUCAGUGCUGCCAACUCCUGUCCAAACUCCUGUCCGUCAAGUCCCCGAGGGGCGGGUCUGUCUGGCUAUAGGAUGGGCCGUGCACUGACCGCUGACCUCAUCAAUGAGAACUCCCAAUCAGACGAAAAAGACGGCUCGGGGGGAGACAGCCCCAAGGAUGACUCCAAGCCACCGUAUUCCUAUGCACAACUAAUAGUCCAGGCUAUCACCAUGGCCCCCGACAAGCAGCUGACUCUGAAUGGGAUUUACACACACAUCACCAAGAACUACCCGUACUACAGGACCGCAGACAAAGGCUGGCAGAACUCGAUCCGUCACAACUUAUCUCUGAAUCGCUACUUCAUCAAAGUGGCUCGGUCUCAGGAGGAGCCAGGUAAGGGAUCUUUCUGGAGGAUCGACCCCUCAUCAGAGGGCAAGUUGUGUGAACAGGCGUUCAGGAAGCGCAGGCCCAGGGGGGUACCCUGCUUCAGGACCCCACUAGGCCCCCUCUCAUCCAGGAGUGCCCCGGCCUCUCCUAGCCACACAGGGGGACUGUCGGCCCACUCCAGUGGAGUGCAGUCCCCGGAAAGCCUGUCCAGGGAGGGUUCCCCUGUGCCCAUGGACCCAGAGCCAGCCCGGGCCAUAGCCCCCACCACAGCCACUGCCCUACAGCCCAAACUAGCUGUCAUCCAGGAGGCCCAGUUCGCUCAGAGUGCUCCUGGCUCCCCUCUAAACAGCCAGCCGGUGCUGAUCGCCGUGCAGCGACAGUUACCCCAGACUACCAUGAAGCCUGUUACCUACACCAUGGCAACGCCCGUCAUGACAACAGCUGUAAGCUCCGCCCCCGUCAUGCAGACGGUACAUGUACUCCAACAGAUCCCGAUGGUCACCAUGGCUACUAUUGGUGCUACACAGAACUCUGUCGUUACGGUAAAGACAGAACUGCAGGAGAACGGAGGGGGAGACCACAAUGGGGUCAAAGUGUUUGUCUCUCUUCAACCAGUCAAAGUGGAGCCGGUCCCAGCCGUCACUGCUUCCUCUAUAGGCAGGGCCAAUCGCAUCAUCCAGACCUCCCAGGCCACGCCCCUAACAACGGUUACCAUUUUGCAGCAGGCCCCCCUGGGCCAGCAUCGGCUUCCUAUCAAGACCAUCACACAGAACGGGACUCGCCUGAUCCCAAUUACUACUGCUGCUAACACAGCAGUGGUGAACCCCCUCCACCUGUUAGCAGCCCACGCCUCGGCAUCUGCAUCACUGCCAACCAAGAGGCGGAAUGGGGAGCUGGCCGACCAUUCCGAACCCAAGAGAGUCAAAAUGGAAGAGGGGGGCGAGAGCAUUAUCCCCGUUGUAAACAACUCUCACACAGACAGAGACGAGGAGAAUGGGGUUAGUGAAAAGGCCAGCGAUGACUAGAGGGUCCUGACCCCUCUCCUCAAUGAGCCCCCUCUCUGUUCUCACCCCUCCCCCGACCAGACUCCCACUCUAAAUCACGUUGCUCAUCUACUCAAAGGGAGGAAAGAGAUACAAAGCGUGUGACCAGUAAACAGACCACUCACCCAGUUAGUAUAAAAAUAGGAAAAUAAUAAUUCAAAAAGAGAAGGCAAAUGAAGUUGCUAAAGAGGUGACACUGUUUUGGAGACUCAACCUUAAGAGAAGCACGGUAACCCUUCAUUAUAUAAGUUAUUCAAAAAGUAGUACAUAAAAAAAAAAAUUUUAACAAGAUGAAAAUGGAACUCUAGACUACCAGAAUCACCAAGGCUUCCACUGCUGAUUGGUAGGUUCCCCUGUCAGUUUUUACCCAGGACACGCCCCCAAUGGAGGGAUGUAGCCAAUGGCGUCAUCCCGGCAGCAUGAUAGACAAGCUCUUAAUAUUUGGAAAGAAAUGACAUCAACGACCGUUAACAGUAGUGUAUUCCCUGAAAGGGAAGUGUGUGUGGAACCAUUCCCUGUGUCUCUGGCAGCUAGCCUUCAUGUCCACCUACCUAAAGCAGUCGUGAGUGAGUAGAGAUGUCGUAUUUUGUUGUACACGUGUAUCCUAGGAUCGUCUUUGAGUGUACCACCCGUUUUCCAAGGCACAGACAUUUUAGUAAUAACUAUACUAAAAGCUAUAAGAAGUGGGUUCGCAAAAAUAUUUCAAGUCACCUGAUAUUGUGGAAUCUUUGUUCAGUGAAAUGAAUGUAGUCUCCUUUUCCUUCAAGAAAACACUAUGUAUUUAGUGGAUUGUUUUGUUUUUCUGUUGUCAAACCCAAAAGAAGUUUCCAAAUCACUGUACAUCUACAGAUGUCAUAUUUUAACAAAUAUCCUAUAAGAAAAAAAUAUAUUUCCAUGCGUGUUUGACCGUAUGCUUCAUCAAUGCUUUGCAUGUUACCGAAUUUAGAGAAUGUACCUGAGCAGUUAACUGAAUAUGGAACUCAAGAAAAAAAGACUGAAUCUAUGCUAUACUGUAUGAUUCUGACCAGUAAAGCACUUACCCUCUUCAUGUAUUUUAUUGACUUUUUAUUCUGUUUUCCCUGUCAUCAAUGGCUGUGUUUACCUUUUUGUGUUGAAAGUCGGCAGGCUCCUUGCUUGAUUAUUUUUCUUCUGUUCUGGCUCCCUGAAGUCUCUUCAGAUUGUAUUUGGUUUCCACAAGGGAAAAAACAAGUGAUAUGUUUGUUCUGCUUCGGUGGGUAAAUGCAUCCUUUUUUUAUUUUAUAUAUAUAUAUAUAUAUAAUUAAUUUCAACCUCU